UGUUCUCAUAUUUUUUCAAGUAAGAUAACAAGUCGUGAAUAUUUUUUGUGGCUAAAAUUAAAAAAAAAAUAAAAAUAUUUCAAGGUUUUUGGUAAAAAAAUUGAUUCUAACCAAAAAAUAAUUAAAGAGAAAAAAAUGGAAUCAUCAAAACAACUUUUUCUCGUUUUCUCCAUGAGUUUCAUAAUUGUCUCGUCUUCGGCUUACGGCUACAUGCCAAGCGGCAUCAAAGAUCACUAUUUAUCCGAUUUGUUCCUUCGUGACUUGGUCGAUCGCAUGGGCAAGGAUUUCAAUGACGCAGCAGACUCCUACAUCGAUCCAUAUGUUCCAGCUGACCAAUUGUCGCUUUCGCUCGCAAAGGAUCUCGAAGCGGAGCAACUUGACUACGAUUCCUUGAUGGAUGGCGAUUCGAACAGCAAUCACAGUCCCUCGUUACGGGACCAAGAAUAUAUGCAACACAGCUCCUUAUGGGGUCAUCAAUAUGUCUCGGGAGGCGCCGGCGAAGGUCCGCAUCGCGUAAAACCGCAAGUUAAAACUGACGCAAGUCUUCCGGCUUAUUGCAAUCCCCCGAAUCCGUGUCCCGUUGGAUAUACCGAAGACAUGGGAUGCACGUUGGACUUUGAAAAUACCGCAGCUUUUAGCCGAGAAUAUCAGGCGUCGCAAGAAUGCAUUUGUGACUCGGAGCACAUGUUUAACUGCGAUAGUGCCGAUGGACAUGAACGCGAUACGGACUUUAAACAAUAUUUGGCAAGACAAUUUCAGCAGAAACCGAUUGAACAUAAGGCGAAGAAAUUUUUCCAGAAGAAAUCUGAUAUAAAUCCGUAUUUGCAAGGGGAACGUUUGCCAAUUGCUGCAAAGAAGGGAUUUUAAACAAAAAAUAUUCACAAUUUAAAGAAAAAAUAUUAAAUAUGAAGUAAUCACCAAGCAGUAUUCUGUAAAAUUAUAAAAUUAUUUAUUUUUGUAAAAGAAAAAAUAUUUCCUCUAUUUUUGACUCGAACAGAGGGUUAAAAAUAUUUAUGGAAAUAAUUUUUGAGUUAUGAAAGGCAAUUGCUAAAGACCAGGGAUAUUUGUGAAAAAUUGUCUGAACUGAAUUUAUUUAUAUAAAGAUCCAAAUAAAUAAAAAGUCUCACUGUUU